AUGACGGAAGAAAUUAAUAUCGAUACUGCUACUUUGGAGCAAUUAAGAGAUGUUUUGACUAAUAAGUCUGGUGACGUCAAGUUGGCCAACAGGUUCAGAGCGUUAUUCAAUUUGAAAUGCGUUGGAGCCGAAUCCGAGAACCAAGACGAGGUCCAUAAGGCUAUUGACUACAUAGCUGAAUCAUUCAAGGACGAUUCUGAGUUGUUAAAGCACGAAGUUGCAUAUGUUUUAGGUCAAACAAAGAAUUUACACGCAGCCCAGUACUUGAGAAGUGUAUUGGAGAAUAACAACCAGCAAAUUAUGGUUAGACACGAAGCAGCUGAAGCCUUGGGUGCUUUAGGUGACAAGGAUUCUUUGGCCUUGUUGGAAGACUAUUUUAAGAAUGAUCCAUCGAUAGAAAUCAAGCAAACCUGUGAAUUGGCUAUUGAAAGAAUUAGAUGGGAAAAUUCCGAAAAGGCCAAAGCAGAAAACUUGGAGACCUCCUUGUAUACAUCUAUUGAUCCGGCGCCACCUAUGCCAUCUGAUCAAGAAUCUAAAGUUGAAAAAUUACAGAAGAUAUUGAACAAUCAAGAUGAGCCAUUGUUUGAAAGAUACAGAGCUAUGUUCAGAUUGAGAGACAUGGGCACUGAUGAAGCCUGUCUUGCCUUGGCUUCGGGUCUUGAUGACGAUCCAUCUGCUUUGUUCAAGCACGAAAUUGCUUAUGUUUUUGGUCAAUUAUGUAACCCUGUCACAGUUCCAGCUUUGAUAAAAACGUUGAAAGAUGAGAGAGAAGCCGCAAUGGUUAGACACGAAGCUGCUGAGGCUUUGGGCUCCAUUGCUACCGAUGAGUGUUUACCUGUAUUACAAUCAUUCUUGAACGAUAAAGAUCAAGUUGUAAGAGAUUCAGCUGUUGUUGCCUUGGAUAUGUACGAAUAUGAAAACUCUACCGAAAUUUAA